GUUUGUGGACCACGUGACCGUACACGGAAGUGACGCGGAGUGCUCAAAAGAGUUCAGCAAAGCAUCUGGGAGCAAAACACCAGCUAGCUUAAUUUCAUUUUACACCGGAGGACCACAGGAGGGGACUAACAGACGGUCAAACAGUCAACACAUCUCUGAGUAGGAGGCCAUAAUGAAUCCAGUCUACAGCCCUGCGUCAACAGGGGUCCCCUUUACCAACACUAAGGGCAUAGGCUAUCCAGCUGGAUUCCCUGUGGGCUACGCUGCUGCUGCUCCCGCAUACAACCCCAAUGUCUAUGCAGGGGCCAACCCAGCCUUCCCCAGUGGCUAUGCUCCGGGCACUCCUUUCAAAAUGUCCUGCUCUCCCAACACAGGGACCGUCCCACCGUACUCCUCCUCACCCAACCCCUAUCCUGCUGCUGUUUACCCAGUCAGGAGCACCUAUCCCCAACAGAGCCCCUACGCACAGGCAUUAAUACCUUCACAACAGCAAGGCACCUAUUACACACAGCCUCUGUAUGCGGCACCGCCUCAUGUUAUCCAUCACACAACUGUGGUCCAACCAAAUGGGAUGCCUGCCGCCAUGUACGCCCCACCCAUCCCUCCUCCCCGCCACAAUGGUGUUGCCAUGGGGAUGGUAGCCGGCACCACCAUGGCCAUGUCCGCUGGAACCUUGUUGACAACACCAUCACCAGCGCCUGUUGCUCCACACCAAGUCACGAUGCCCACAUAUCGGCCCCCUGGCACACCCAGCUACAGCUACGUGCCCCCACAAUGGUGAAGAGAGGGAAGCGUGAGUAUGAUGUGUCAGAAGAUGGUAGAUAUGCAUCCACACUCUACUCCAGUGUUUUUUGCUAGUGGUGAAGACCUGCGCCGCCAGUGUCUGCAACCAGUUACUCUUCUUCCAGCAUAAUGUGAAUCUAAAAACCCAACUACAUAGAAAGAGGCCCAUUUUGGAUAGGAGGGGGUGAAGAAUAGGCCCAUUCCCAUGACCCCUCUUAAUGGAAUAAGGCUGCAUUCCAUGUCACACCCCAGCGCCAGCACCUCGACAACCUGCUGCAUAUCUCACAUCAAACAGCAAAGCAAAUCCUCCAUGCAAACUUUUUUUUUUUUUCGUGGACCGUCAUGCAGGUUUUUAUAGCUUAAACUCUUAAGUGGUGAAAAGGGAGUUUGGAAUUGUUCUUAGUUUUGUUUUUUAAUUUGGGGGAUACAUAUGAUGUUGAAUGCAUGUGUAUAUAUAGAUAUAUGAAGUAAUGCUAGCUCAAUCUACCUGCUGUGACAGAUGCAAAAUCAACAAAAGGCACACAUCCAAAGGAACUAAAAGAGUAAUAAUCUGCAAUGCUGAAUCACCAGUGACCAUGUCUUACAUGUGAAAGAAGAAAAGACUAGAAAUGUUUGUUCAUGCAAAAACCAUACCUGCACAAACAAGUGCAGAACAAACUGUACUAUUUUCACUGCUUUGUGUUUUGGUAAGUGACGCUAGGUUUUUAUUCUUUCUCUCAGUGAUGCACUGUAUGCAUUUUGUCUUUCCUUUUUUGUAUUUUAAGAAAAAGAUGGGACUUUGCAUUUCCGCCUCUGACUGACGGCCUUUCCAGCACUUAAUCAUUCUAAGUCUUAUAUUUUUUCCUGCCCUGUCUAUAUUUUUUUCUUUUUGUUCUUUUUUUUUUUUUUUUUAUUAAGGAAAGGUGUAUCAGCUUUUUCAAAAGUGUGGAGCAGAUUUUGUUUCCUGCUUGAAACAUUUUGGUGUUUUAAACUAUUCACUUAUUUUAGCCGGAAGUAUUUUUGUUUGGGAACACGUAGAGGGAGUCGUUGGAAAUCAUUUGCACCCAUUUGAGAGUGAGUGAGUAGGAACUCUGUGUGUGUGUGUGCGUGUGUGUGUGUGCGCGCGUGUCAGUCAAAGAGGAUUAAAAUAGAAACCAUUCAAAAUGGUGCCAUAUAGUGCGACACGCCUAGAGUAUUCGACCUGUAUCUCACAGUAAUCAGUUUGUUCUUAGGUAGGUCUGAAGCACUACAUCAUGACAUCACUGCUAACUGUGGACAUAUUAGGAAAACAUGCUCUUGUUAAACUCCAUUUGUGAAUUUCACUACUGAAGCAAGGCACUAAUUCAAAACAGUUUAUGAAGAUAUCUGACCUUUUACAUUGCUGGCUGUUUUACCUCAAGGUUCCAGGCUAACACACCAAUAUCACUGUUUCAGACAUGCUUUUCUAUGUUGCCUCAGUCACCUCAGUUAAAUAAUAUGUUUUGUAAAUGUUAUUUUUGUGAUUUUGGUUCUUGUUUUGUAUUCUUAAGAAAGACCAAAAAUAAAAACAAAUAUAAGGAUGAUAA